AUGCAGGCGAUGCUGGCGGAAAAAGUGUCCAGCGCGAAGUUUGCCGUUGCCAUAUCGCAAUACAACAAGCGGGUUAUUCUUGAACACUGCGCAACUGUCGAUGCUGAAAAGGUAAAGGUGGUGCACUGUGGUGUGGAUCUUUCCAACUUCAAUCUGGUGCAGGCUGAAAAGACCGGUACCUGCCAUGCCCAUGGCUCAUUGCGCAUUGAUGAGGCGGACGGUGUUAUCAAUAUCGUCUGCAUUGGCACCUUGCAUGAAGUUAAAGGUCAGGCCUUUCUCAUCAGAGCGUGUGCACAGCUCGAACAGACCAACUGGCAGUGCCAUCUGAUUGGCGAUGGUGAAGAUCGGGCGGCACUGGAAUCUCUUGCGGCGACGUUAGGGGUAACAGAUCGCAUGGUUUUUCAUGGUCAGUGCACUAGAGAAAAAGUCCGUGAACUGUUGAAACGAAUGACCAUAGCCUGCGCGCCAAGUGUGCCUACGCAAGAUGGCCGGCGGGAAGGUAUCCCGGUUGCGUUGAUGGAGUCUGCGGCUGCUCAGCUGCCGCUGGUGGCCAGCGAUUUGUCAGGCAUCCCGGAACUGGUUGUGCACGAACAAACCGGAUUGCUUACGGCUGUCGCCGAUGUUGACUGUCUUGCCGCUGCGCUUUCCCGUCUCGCCCAGGAUGUCGGCUUGCGCAAUCGACUCAGUGAAGCGUGCCGCAAAAAAAUCGAGCAGGAGUUUUCGCUCACCAGCAAUGUCGCAAUGUUACAAAAACUAAUGCUCGAACCGGUGAUAUUGCGCGAGCACAUCACACCGUCGGUAGACCUUGUUAUCUGUGCGCAUAAUGAAGCGGAUGCUAUUGAAGCGAAAAUACAGAACGCUCUGGCCCUGAACUAUCCUCAGGAUGCGUUAACCAUCUGGGUGGCCUCUGAUGGAUCAACUGACGCUACCGUGGCGCGGGCCAGCGCAUUCAUUUCUUCCCGGGUACACGUGUUGGAUUUACCGCGUGGUGGUAAAGCCGCAGCGCUGAAUCAUAUAGUCGGUCUGGGUGAGGCCGAAGUUGUUGCUUUUUCAGACGCCAACAGCAUGUGGCAGGAUGAUGCGUUACUGGCGCUGGUAUCCCCGCUGGCUGAUCCGGAUGUCGGCGGAACCGCGGGAGAUCAACGCUAUGAAAAGGCAUUCGCGCAGAACAGCGGUGAGCGCGGCUACUGGAGUUUCGAUCGUGUGUUGAAAUCCUGGCAGAGCCGGGCAGGCAAUGUCAUAUCCGCUACGGGUGCAAUCUAUUGCGUGCGGCGUGCGCUGUUUGAACCGGCACCUGCGGAUGCAACGGAUGACUUCAUGGUUUCCACCGCAGUAAUAGCUGCGGGCAAGCGCCUGGUGUUUGCAGAGGAUGCGGUUGCGGUUGAGCCCGCAGCCGCAGCUUCGGGUAUCGAGUUUCAACGUAAGGUGCGUGUCAUUUCGCGUGGUUUGCGCAGCGUUUGGUAUCGCCGGGCGUUGAUGAAUCCCGCUACCCAUGGUCUGUAUGCCUUGGAGCUGCUUGUGCAUAAGCUCUGGCGCAGUUUUACCUUCACUGCAGUCCUGGCUUUGUUUUGGUCGCCGGUUCGUGAGCCGCUCAGGUUCCCGUUGUUUCUGGUGCUGGCGAUGGUGCUUCUGGUGUUGCACGCGUUGAGCGCUCUGGGUGGUAUUCGCCCCCAUGAGUCGCUUGCGAUAGUAAUUGACUGGGCGUUAGAAGGUGUUCUGCUGGCCGCAUUGAUUGUCAAUGUGCUGCGCAGUAAAAAUGAUGUGAUUGCGGCGGUGAAAGCAUUAGUGCUGGCUGGGUUUGUCAUGGGUGCGGUUGUGAUCACCCAACAAUUGACGGGUGCAACUGACAAUAACUUCAUGGGGUUCGGUCAGCUUGAUUCGGCCAUGGUCAGUGAUUCAGGUCAACUGCAAACGCGUCUGGCGGGUCCGAUUGGCGAGACUAACCGGUUUGCGCAGAUCAUGGCGGUGUUGAUUCCGUUAGCCGCAGCGCUCGCGUUUAUCAGCACCGGUGCAAUGCGCUGGUUCUACUGGCUGGCAACCCUGGUAAUCAGUGGGGGUAUGGCUCUGGCGUUUUCCCGGGGUGCAAUUGUGGCUCUGGCAUUGGCGGCUCCGUUUGCUCUGGCUUUCAGGUUUAUUCAGCUUCGGCACUUGCUGCUUGGUGCCUUCGGUGCACUUGUAUUGCUCGCUCUGCUGCCCCAUUACGCUGAACGAGUGGUCAGCAUCGGGCAGGUUGCCGUGCAAUCGCUGGGUUUGUCUCCUGGCGGGUUGCGUAACGCAGAUGGUGCGGCGCGCGGCAGGAUGACCGAGAUGAUGGCAGCGGGGCUGGUGUUUGUUGAUCAUCCUAUCCUGGGUGCUGGCCCCGGCAUGGCACAGGUCCACUAUCCAAAAUAUGCCGCCAAGGCUCAGACCGCAGACAUGACCGAAAACGCUGGUACGGGCCAGCAGGAUACCCAGCGUCAGCUCCGUGGCUCCGGGCUGUUGCUGCUUGGGCGGCUUGGCUCAAAAGUUAUUAAUUUUGGGGUCCAGGUUGCCAUUGUCCGCAUCCUUACUAAGGAUGAUUUUGGCGCUUUUGCCUACGGGCUUGCGAUUGUGGCUGCGGGUGAGCUGCUGGUUAAAAUCGGCCUCGGUCAGGGCGCAAACCGGUUUAUUCCUUAUCAUUUUGAGAGGCGCGAAUAUCCGGAGAUGCUGGGUAUUCUGGCCGCGGUCACGGCCAUGAUUGUGGGGUUGGGUUUGGUCGGCUGGUUGGCUUUGUUAUGGCUUUCGCACGGUCAGGUCAGUGGCUUCCCAUCCGCAAGCGGUGCGUUGGUGGUGCUGAUCAUUGCGUUUCUGGCGCCGUUGCAGGCGUUUGAUUCCAUCAUGGUCCAGACGCUGGCCUGUUUUUCCAAAGCCAGACAGAUUGUGAUCCGCAAACACGUCAUCGGACCGGGGUUGCGCGUUGCGGCAGUUGCGUGUGCUUUUUUUGCCGGUGGUAGUCCGGCCGUGCUCGCGGCAGCGUACCUUUUUGGUGGUGUUGUGGGCGUGGUGCUGUGUACCACGCUGGUGUUCAGACAGUUGUAUGUGCAUAACAUUUUGCCCCUGACGCCGUCUCUGUGGCGCGUACCCUGGGCGCCGUUGUUGCGGUAUUCGAUUCCGCUGAUCAGUAACGAUGUGGUGUUCAUUACCCUGACCGGCGUGACCACUGUGCUGUUGAUGUCGACCGGUGGCGAAGCUGCUGUGGCGGCUAUCCGUUCCGUCGCUCCUGCUGCGGCGUUAAACAUGCUGGUGGCGCAGAGUUUUGUCAUUCUGUUUCUACCCAGUGCUACCCGGUUGUUCGCGCGCGAAGACAAGGCAGGUCUUAGCCACCACCACUGGGAAUCUGUUGCCUGGGUGGCGGUGUUGAGUUUCCCUCUGUUUGUCAUGACGUUUGCGAUUGCACCGGCACUGGUGCCUUUGUUGUUUGGUAGUGCAUAUGCUGAUUCUGCAGUGAUACUUGCAAUCCUGGCGCUGGGGAGUUUUGCGUCGGUUCUAAUGGCGUUUAACGGUGAGAUCCUGCAGGUGGUUCACAAAACCAAGCCGUUGGUCUGGUCUAAUCUUCUGGUCAUCAUCACAUCUGUGCUGUUAGCGCUGUGGCUAUGUCCGCCGCUAGGUGCGCUGGGUGCCGCGAUUGCGGUGACCGUUGCGCGGAUACUGGGCGUUGCUGCCAGACAGUUGUUUCUGGUGCGAUCAGACGUCAUUGGGCCGGUACCACGCACAUUGAAAAUGAUCUGGUUGCGCCUGACGAUUCUGUCGAUGAUUACCGGUCUGAUCGGUUGGGUGUGGCAACCAAACGUAUAUGUUCAAUUACUCACUGUUGGUAUUGCCUGCUUAUGGCUGUUGCGCGCCUGUGCUCGGACGCUGAACAUUGCCAAUACAUUUCCUGAAGUGUUGCGCAUCCCCUGGCUUGCGAAACUGGUCAGCGCAUGCAUCUGGAUCUCCGCAGCGGAAGUGAUGCAACUUGAUACUCAGGGCGAAGCCUGGCAGUCCGUGGUUGACUGGGCCAACAGACCGCUGCGCAGGCCGUCGCUGGCAGAUCAGAACAAUCCAGGUAACGUUCAAACCAUGGCCUCGGCGUUGUAUGCGGUACGCACCGGGGAUGCAGAAAUGCGGCGCCGUGUUGAGCAGACGCUGACAGAUAUUCAAGGUACUGAAAAGAACGCCACUGCGCUGGCCCUGUCCCGCGAGCUUGCGGCUUACGUCAUAGCGGCCGACCUUAUUCAGCUCCGAGGUGAGUCCCGGCGCCGCUUUGAUCAGUGGUUAGAACAUAUGCGCCAUGCGCAGUUCAAAGGCCGUUCAAUAAGCAGCACCCAUGAAGACCGGCCGAAUAACUGGGGCACCCAUGCAGGAGCGACACGCAUCGCGCUGGCAAUCUAUCUGCAGGAUAAAGAAGAGCUGCAGCAGGCGGCUCAUGUGUUUAAAGGCUGGCUUGGUGAGCCUGAUGGCUGGCGCGGGUUUGAAUUUGGUGAGACCUGGUGGCAACCCUGGGGUUUUCGUAAUUAUGGCAUCAAUCCUGCGGGUGCAAGGUUGUGGGGACACUCUAUCGAUGGUGUGUUGCCGGACGAUCAACGUCGCGGCGGGCGGUUUCACUGGCCUCCACCGAAAGAAAACUAUGUUUACGAGGCACUUCAGGGUGCUGUUGCGCAAGCCGUCAUGCUGGAACGCCAAGGUUUUGAGCCAUGGGCUUGGGGUGAUCAGGCUUUGUACCGCGCGUUUAAAUGGUUACACGAACAGGCUGAGUUCCCAGCGGUGGGAGAUGACAUCUGGAUGCCUCAUGUGAUUAACCAGGUUUAUGGCAGCCAGUUUCCCGCACCUGUACCCAGCACGCCGGGUAAAGCAGUAGGCUUUACCGAUUGGACCUAUAGGUGGCCGCAAGGUGCACUUGAAUCGGUGAAUCAGCCUGAUACGCAGAAAUACCUCGACCAGGCAUUUGCUUUACGUCCAGGCGAAGGGGUCACCUACGGCCUGGUUCUGAUCCAACGCGGCAAGCUGGUAUAUGAACGGUAUGGACAUGGCGCUAACGAUGGCUACCUGCAGUACUCCUGGUCGAUGGCAAAAAGUUUUGUGCAUGCCCUGGUUGGGUUGUUGGUCCUGGACGGGAAGAUUGACAUCUUGCAACCUAUCCCUGUACCUGAAUGGCAGAAUCAGGACGACCCCCGGCGGCUUAUAACGUGGCACGAUAUGUUGCGCAUGCGCGAUGGGUUGGAUUUUGUCGAAGACUACGUCGAUGACGGCGUAUCUGAUGUGAUUAACAUGCUGUUUGCUCAGGGUCGCAGCGAUGUAGGGGCUUAUGCGGCGGGCCGCGCCGCAAAAUAUUUGCCUGGAGAGCGAUUCAACUAUUCCAGCGGUACAACAAAUAUCAUCUGUCGAGAGCUGGCCAGGAUUGUAGGCGAUGGGCCAACCGGGAUGCUGCGGUUUAUGGAGCAACGGCUUUUUACUCCGCUGGGCAUGCGCUCACCAACGCCGAAGUUUGACGCUGCGGGUACGUUUAUAGGGAGCUCCUAUCUCCUGGCGACACCACAGGAUUUUGCUAAGUUCGGUCUGCUGUAUCUGCGCGGCGGCGUCUGGGAUGGGCAGCAGAUUCUCCCGUCGGAGUGGAUCGACUACGCCCGCACUUCUACGUACACAGACCCUGAGCAGGGUUACGGCGCGCAUUGGUGGUUGUAUCCGGAACGCCCGGGUUGGUUUUAUGCCUCUGGCUACGAUGGCCAGCGUAUUCUUCUGGUGCCGGAAAAGGAUCUUUUGGUAGUGCGGUGUGGACGCACCGAUGCGGAACAUGAGAGCACAGCGUCUUUCUUCCCUCGUAACGAGGGCGUAAAGAACUGGUUGCAGGGUAGUUGCUGCGCUACAACCGAUUGGCAUAGUGCUUGCACUCUUCGUGCUUGCAAAGUGACAUUGGUCAUACGCUGGUCUUCACAGAAGGCUGGUAACUCAAAAAAUAAAAACUUGGGGGAAGAGAUAGUGUUUGUAAUCCGCAAACGUACGUUGCGUGAUGCUGCGUUGGCCGUUCUAUCGGUCGCCAUGAUCAUGUCUGUCAGCCUUCGCGCUGGCGCUGAAGAAGCCGAAGAAGAAUUUAUGGAGGAGCUGGUUGUUACCGGUGACCUUCGCAGUCUUCCUGGUGAGAGUGUUGAAUCUGUAUUCGGCUUUGAUAAAUCUUUGCUUGAGCUGCCUCGCUCAGCGUCCACGGUGUCCUGGGAGCAGAUCGAGCGCUUCAACAUCAAAGAAAUUGAUGAACUGGUCGCGCUUGCACCGGGCACCUUUACCCAGUCAUUCUUUGGUGUAGCGGGUGGUCUGGACAUUCGCGGUACGCCUGGCGAAACUUAUUUCCGCGGCAUCCGCCGUCUGGAUAACCCAGGUAACUAUCCGACACCGAUUGGCGCCGCAGACCGCAUUGAUAUCGUGCGUGGCCCAGCCUCGCCGAUUUUUGGCCCAUCCAAAAUUGGCGGUUUCAUGAAUUUUACGCCCAAGUCCGGGCGUGCAGCUUCAGGUCAGUAUCUGACAGACAACGAAGGUGCGAUAUCCAUGACAACUGGUAGCUGGAACAAAACAGUGCUCACCGCGGAAGUGGGUGGCCCUGGCUCCAUAGCGGGCAAAGACUUCGGCUACUACGUCUACGGUGAAGUAGAAGAUUCCGACAGUUACUACGACAACACAGCAACCGAUCAGACCUUGUUGCAGGCAUCAUUCGAUAUGGAUGUGAAUGACAGGCUGCGCAUCCAGGUUGGCGGUAUGUACCACGAUUACCAGGGUAACCAGGUAGCGGGCUGGAACCGUGUGACCCAGGAUCUUAUCGACAAUGGCACCUACAUCACCGGUACUCCGAUACCUCUGGAUACCAACGGUGACGGCUCCAUUUCUCAUCAGGAGUUUGAUGCGAACAACGAUGGUUUCACAGACAUCAAUCCUUUCCGGUUUGAUUUCCUGUCCAGCCCGGAAGACCUUGGUUUGCCACCAGGCACUGAUUUUGGUGGUGGCUUGAUUCCAGGCAGUCCUGAAACCCUGGCUGAUCUGGAAGCAUUGGUAGGCGAUCUGUCUUUGCUUGCGCUGCAGAACGUGGGCACUGCCAAGCUCGACGGCAGCGACGUUCUGGUUGCGCCAGACGAUACUCUGGAAAGUGAAAUUUACGUUUUUUACUUCGACAUGAUGUGGGCGUUUGAUAACGGUAUGGAAUUGAAGAACCAGUUCUAUUACGAAAGUUAUGAGAAUUUGAGUGAAAAUGCCUACGGCUUUUCCCAGUUCCAGGAAGCCUGGGUCAUCGAAGACAAGCUGGUUCUGUCCGGUAAAAUUGAAACAGAUGGCAUAACCACUAACUGGCAGCUGUCACCUUCGAUUCGUCACACCGAUUUUGAACGUGGUGAUGACUAUACCAACGAAUAUUUUGACCGCCGCGAUCUUACUGGACCGUCAACCGCGUUAGAUCGUCGGUUGCUGUCGACACGCAUUGAUGAUGAUUACACCGAGUACUAUAUUGGCGAUUAUACCAAUCUGGCUUUUGCAGCCAUGGUUGACGUCACUUUCGAUAUGGGUCUCAACAUCAUCGCAGGUGCGCGUUAUGAUGUGCUUGAUCUUGAGUCCAAGCAGCCAUUUGAAAAGCUCCUGUUCGCCAGCUCAAACAACUUCUGUUUCCCAGCAACAGCUGCUGACUAUGACGCAGAUUGCGGCAACGCGCUGCAGGCAGACGAUGAGGUGGAAGGUGUAUCCUGGACCUUCAGUGUCAGCUAUGACACACCGAUCGGUCUUCGUCCGUACAUCACGUUCUCUGAGCAAUCUACGUUGAUUGCGGGACAAGGCGCAGACCUGGGUACAAACAGUAUUCGUGACGGUGGCGCGUUUGAUACCUCUGAGCUGAUGGAGUUUGGUCUUAAAGGCAGCCUGCUCGAUGAUAAGCUGUACUUCGCCCUGGCUUAUUACGAGCAGGAGCGUACAGACUUUUCCGCCCAGUCUAUUGUGACUAACCAGAGUACUGAAACGGAAGGUAUUGAAUUUGAAUUGCGCUGGUCCGUCACCGACAAACUGUUAAUGACAGCAGGCUGGUCAAACACAGAAGUUGUGAACAUUAAUACCCUCGAUACGGGUUAUCGUUUCAGCUUCAUCGGUGCUGACGAUCUGCCUAACGUACCAGCAGAAGCACUCUACGGCGGUACCUUGGGCGGCAACAUUUACCGCCCCGGACGCAGUGGUGCGGUGCGUGCCGGUAUGCCUGAGAAUGUUUAUUCCGUCACUGGUACCUACGAUUUCACCGAACGCUUUGCCGGCCAUUUCAGCGUAAUCUAUGCUGAAGAAACCAAUUCAGGUUUCUCUGGCCAGGUAGAACUGCCUGACUACACAUUGGUUAAUAUGGGUAUGUUGUUCCACGGCGACCAGUGGAUGCUGGGUGUGAAUAUCAAGAACGUUACCGACGAAGAGUAUUUCCGCUCUAAUUUCCCCAACCUGUUUGGCGGAACCAUUGUUUUGCCGGAACUGCCACGUCACUAUUCCGCGACGUUACAGUACAGCUUCUAA